AUGCCUUCAACAAGUGAUUCGAUUCUGAUCGUGGGUGCCGGUGUUUUCGGCCUAUCCACUGCGUUGGAGCUCAAGCAGCGCGGAUACACGAACAUCACCGUGCUGGAUAGAUACGCCCCUCCGGCAGUGGAUGGAAGCAGCGUUGAUAUCUCACGCAUUAUCAGAAUCGACUAUGCCGAUCCUGUCUACUGCAAGAUGGCACGUGAGGCCUAUGCAGGUUGGACAACAGAGUACAACGACCACUACUUCGAAUCCGGAUUUGCUCUCUUAUCAGAGACUCCUCAGAAUGACUGGAUCGCAAAGUCCAAGGCCACAGUUAUAGCUAAUGGAGGCACUGUGGAAGAUCUCAAGGAUGCUACACAGCUGCUGAAGUCGUACCCGAACAUCCAGUCCGACUUAUCUGGUAUGAACGGGUAUCUUAACCGCAGAGGCGGAUGGGCGGACGCCGCCGGCAGCAUCCAGAAGUUGGCUUCACGAUGCACUGUCGAAGGUGUUUCAAUCGUGACUGGGCCUCGCGGAAGUGUCAUCUCCCUGCGCAAGAAAGGUUCGCGCGUUGUGGGUGUCAAUGUGGCGAGUGGAGACUCUAUCCUCGCUUCCCAGGUGAUUCUGAGCACUGGCGCUUGGACAAAUCGGCUUUUGAACAUUGCGCACGCUGCUUCGUCUUCAGGUCAGCCAGUUGGGUUCAUCCAGUUGACUCCGGAGGAAGCUCGGUCUUUGGAAAACACACCCGUCAUGAUCAAUAUGACUGAUGGCGUGUUCAUCUUCCCUCCUUCGCCGGGAAGUAACAUUCUUAAGCUUGCGCGACAUGGCUAUGGCUAUGCCAAUGAAGUCACUGUUCACAAUGACGGAACUCGAACUAUCUCAACCCCGAAAUUCGACACCAGCAACGCAGAGACCGGCUAUCUUCCCGAUGACGCUGACGAGGACCUGCGCAAGGGUCUGCGACGAUUCUGUCCUCGCUUCGCGGACCGACCAUGGUCGUUUCGCCGGCUUUGCUGGUACACAGAUACCCCCAAGGGCGACUUCAUUAUCGAUAACCACCCGACAAUGGAUGGCUUGUUCGUGGCUACUGGUGGCGCGGGACACGGGUUCAAAUUCCUCCCUGUGCUAGGAAAAUAUAUUGUGGACUGCUUUGAGAACAAAGCUUCUGAAGAAUUACGCAAGAAGUGGCGACUAGAGCCUGUUCCUAGUGGUACCAGUGGUUCUCUAAUGAAGGGCGAUGGAAGCCGAGCGGGGCCCCCUUUGAGAAGACUCACCCAGCUGGAGAAGGCUAAGCUCUAG